UGGCUGGAAUAAAUGUAAAAAGUAAAGCAUAGGUAUUUGUAAUGUAAAUACACAGAAGUUGGAUGGUAUUCAUGUAAACGGCGCUGAAUUUAAAUUGAAGAGCAGGACAUCCUCAAACUUUCUUGCAGUGGGCUGCUAUCCUCUGAAUGCGCGUUCCAGUAAAAAUCCAUGCUUCAUUUCUACUUGGAGAACUAUCAUCCAAGAAUCAAAUUUUUCUCCACUACUAUAAAUCAAAGAUAGCUUGUUCCCUGCAUUUUGAAAUCUUUCCUCCAUUCUUCAAGUCCUGCGCAGACUUUCAGUUAGUAAAAGAAGGAACUUUGGCACAUGCCGAUGCCAUCAAAAUGGGCUUUUGUUCCCACACUUCCACCAGCAACUCGAUGAUGAGCUUCUACCUGAAACUCGGCAUGAAAGACUGUGCAAGGAAUGCCUUCGAUGAACUGCUAUGGAAAGAUUCAGUUUCUUGGAAUGCUUUGAUUCAUGGCUUUUUAAGCCAGGGGGAUUAUCAGCUUGGUCUGGUUUUAUUUACAGAAGCCAAGGAGUGUGGAUUUGUGGCAAAUUGUUCUACCUUGGUACUUGUUCUUCAGGCUUACUGGAAGUCAAGAGCUGUAACAGAAGGUCAGUGCUUUCAUGGCUUCAUUCUCAAGAGUGGGUUUACAGCUGACAUCUCUGUUCAGAAUUCCUUGCUGAGCUUCUAUGGAAAGUCCAAGAAUUUGGUAUCUGCGCAGAAGCUAUUUGAUGAAAUGCCUGAAAGAGAUGUCAUUACUUGGAGCUCACUGAUAUCUGGGUAUGUUCAGACUGGUGCUUGGGCUAAUGCGUUGCUGUUGUUCAGAGAAAUGUUUGUGGAGAAUGGAAUUGAAAUUGAUGGUUUUGCUUUAGUUACUGCUCUUCAAGCUUGCAGUUUUGCCGUGCAUACCAAUUAUGGAAGAUCAGUGCAUGUCCAUGUGAUCCAAAGAGGAUUUGUGGCUAAUUUGUUCAUCAGCAACUCUCUGAUUGAUAUGUAUUCAAAAUGCCUUGAUAUGAAUUCUGCUUACUUGGUUUUCUUCCAAUUAACUCAGCCAAACUUGGUCUCCUGGAAUAGCCUCUUAUCCGGUUUGAUUGAGAAUGAGAAACAUAUGGAAGCAUUGCUAUUGUUCGAAUCAAUGAAUAAGGCUGGGAUUGUCGGUGAUCCAUACACCGCCGUCAUCCUCCUGCAGGCCUGCAAGCUGCUCGGAUUGGAAGCUUUCUGCAGGUCCAUCCAUUCCGUAAUCAUCCGAAGACUGUUUAACUCGAACAAUUUCGUGCUGAACUCAUUACUAGAUGCCUACACAAAAUGCGGUCUUAUGGAGCUCGCACUCAGACUCUUUAGCCAAAUUCCAGCUCCAGAUGUGAUCUCAUGGAGCACAAUGAUAUCUGGUUUCGCACACUGCAGCAAACCUCACAAAGCCAUCGCUUUCUUCACCCAGAUGCAGCUGGAACAAGAAACACCGAAUUCUGUAACUCUUUUGAGCCUCCUGGAAGCAUGCUCUGCACUUGCAGACCUCAAGCUCUCCCAGUGCGUCCAUGGCGUGGCAGCGAAGAACGGUUCGUCUAACGACUUAUCAGUUUCGACCGCACUCGUACACGUAUACGCGAAGUGCGGGAACCUGGAUUCAUCGAGACGAAUCUUCAAAGAAAUGGCCGAAAAGAACCUCCUUUCUUGGAAUGCGAUGAUAGGCGCCCUUGGGAUGAACGGCUGUGCAAGGGACGCCCUUUCUGCUCUGGAAGAAAUGGAAGCGCAGAACGUGAAACCAAAUGGUGUCACAAUGCUCUCUUUGUUGUCCGCCUGCAGUCAUGGAGGUUUGAUGCAGGAAGGUCUCUUAUUGUUUCAAAGGAUGUCUAGGGAUCUCUCUCUAAAGCCUGGCAUGGAGCAUUAUUCAUGCAUUGUGGACAUGUUGGCUAGAGCUGGAGAUCUGGAGGGCGGCUUUAAGGUGAUCGAGAGAUUGUCAAAAGGAGGAGUGGAGGCCGGUCCGGCGGCUUGGGGCGCUCUGCUCAGUGCUUGCGAGAGAUUCGGCCAUUGUGAUAUCGGAAGAAAUGUGGCGGCACGAGUUCUUGAGCUGGAGCCGUUGAGAUCGGCUGGAUAUGCGCUUUCUUCGAGCCUGUUUGCGAAGGCGGGAUUGAGGGAGGAGAAGGCGAGAUUGAGGUUAUUGAUGAAGGAGAGGGGAGUGAGAGCUGUUAGUGGUUAUAGUUUGGUGAACGUUGGGCAAGAUGCCAAGAGGUUUGUUGCUUGGGAUGAAUCCCACCUUAUGACUGAAGAGAUUUAUGCUAUGAUUGAUCUCUUGCAUUUUUGCAUGCAAUGGUGUGAUGAAAUUUAUUUGUUUCAUGAGCUAAUAAGUUUUUCUUAA